CAAACCGGAAGUGCACGAGAGCGGGUGAUGACGGCGACGGCAGCGUUUCGCCUGAGGCGGGGUUGGAACAGCUGAGGAGCUUUUAUUUAAAUAAUAAUAAUAAAUUAUUAUUACUAUAUUUAUUUAAAUCACAUUGAAAAGCACAGAGAAAAGAUUUUCACACGGAUUAAAGACCUGCAGGUGUAAACGAGUCGCAGAUGACCGAAUAACGUGGUCCAGCCCUUCUCUCAGUGUUGAUAUAAAGCCAUGUGAGCUGAGGUUCAGCAGCUGGAUGUGUGGAUGAUUCGGUCCAUCGUGUGUCCGAUCUCGCAGUGUGACUGGACGCGGGACGAAGAGAUGUGGAGGUGACGCUGAUUACUUCAGUUAGGUUUAGUUUAGUGGGUGGAGCCUCACUCAGGACAGUCCACACUGCCACACAUAUCUCUCAGCGACUUUCUCCCACUGCCUCGUCCUUUGUUACUGCCCUGUUAGCAGAGUAGACAUGGCGGAGCCCGCGUCAGACCCCGACGGAGACAUGCGCCAAGAGGAACAGACGAUCGAUGACGGCGACAAAGCCAGCGGCCGAAUAAACGACCGUGAAAAGAUGUCCACCGAGACGCCGCCGUCCCACACCUGCUCAGACAGCGAGGACGUCAGUGCCGUCAGCAGCAGGAGCCUCUCGGAGAGGGAGGACUCCGAGAACACCUCGUCUGUGGACGAAACGCCUUCUCUGUCCACGCAGAACGGAGGCGUGUCCACGUCCACAGAUGAUCCGCAGAUGUCUGUGAGGUCAGUGCUGGAUGGAGAGGAGGCGGAGGCGGAGGCGGAUGGAGCAGCGUCAUGGAGCAACAAUGUGAUGAGUGUAGAGGCGGGGCAGGCUGCCCCUGUACCGCCUUCAGUGCCCUCAUCUGCCCCACCCUCUGUACAGGAGCACUACUACGUCAAGUGGAUCACGUGGAAAGGGGAAAAGACUCCCAUCAUUACACAGAGCGAAAAUGGCCCCUGCCCCCUGCUGGCCAUCAUGAACAUCCUCUUCCUCAGGUGGAAGGCGAAGUUACCCCCCCAGACUGAGGUCAUCACCAUCGAGGAGCUCAUGGCGCACCUCGGUGAGUGUGUGUUGUCCAUUAAGCCAAGAGAGAAUGCAGAGGACAUCGAGCUCAAUUUUCAGCAGAACAUGAGUGAUGCCAUGGCCGUGCUGCCGAAGUUAUCCACGGGUCUGGACGUGAAUGUGCGCUUCACAGGCGUGGCGGAUUUCGAGUACACGCCCGAGUGCAUCGUCUUUGAUUUACUCAACGUUCCUCUGUAUCACGGCUGGCUGGUGGAUCCACAGAGCCCCGAGAUGGCGUCUGCAGUGGGGAAACUGAGCUACAACCAGCUGGUGGAGAAGAUCAUCAUCUACAAACACUCCACAGACAGCAGCCGAGUGAGCGAAGGUCUGAUAGCGGAGCAGUUUUUGGAGUCGACGGCCACCCAGCUGACCUAUCACGGCCUGUGUGAGCUCAACACCACCGCCAAGGAGGGAGAGCUGUGUGUGUUCUUCAGGAACAACCACUUCAGCACCAUGAUCAAGCACAAGGGUCACCUGUACCUGCUGGUGACGGAUCAGGGCUUCCUGCAGGAGGACACCUUGGUGUGGGAGAGUCUCCAUAACGUGGAAGGAGACGGAAAUUUCUGUGACUCAGAAUUCCGACUGUGCCAUCCGUCCCAGAAGAGUGCGAGCAGACCGACGGUGCAGCAGCAGCAGAUGCAGAUUGAUCAGGAUUACCUCGUGGCCAUGUCCCUGCAGCAGAGUCAGGGUGAAGCUCCUGGACCUUUAAGCGAUCUGGAGUUAGCGACACGGUUACAGCAGGAAGAAUAUCAACAACCUCAACAACCUCCACGCACCUCCUCCGGGGAACAGACGAGAGGAGGACAGGCGUCUCAUCAAGGGGGGCGGAGACGGCAGGGUGAGAAGAAGGACAACUCGGACUGUUCCAUCCUAUAAGUCAGGAAAACACAUACAUUCUCACACACACACACACACACACACACACGUACACACUAACGUUUAUAUGCAACUGCACCAGAAGACGCCAAUGCCACGAACGAGUCUGAAAACGUCCACGUCGUUUUAUCUCCAGCCGAUAUUUUGAUGAAAAUGUAGUGUAGAGGGUCAGCCAAGGUGUGUGUGUGUGUCUCUCUUAAGCUUUGCACUGGAGCUACCAUGCUAAUGUAGCUAACAUGUUCUGGAAGUCUGUCUCCCCGCCAUUAAAGGUCCAGUAGCCAAAACAAACUGUCCAUGAGUUCCGAGUGUCUCCUUAAAUGACCGCAGUGACAAAAACCUAAUUCUUUUACACUAACAGUCUCCUGAAGACGGCCAUAACUCCACUGUGUCAUGUUCUGGGGAAGAGAGAUUCAGCGAGGCAAAAUGCACAGAAUUCUGAUUCAAAUCAGUUUCACAUAUGAUUCUGAUUCAGUUCAGUUUCACUUAUGAAUUAGAUUUGGUUCAGUUAGCCAUAAUAUGAUUCAGAUUCGGAACCUGUUACACGCAAAGUGAUUCAGUUCAGUUCAUAACAUUCAGUUCAGUUGAUUUGGUUCAGUUGCACAUACAAUAAUUCAGACUUCUGUUUAAAGGAAAAUACUUCCUGAUUUGGAUUCAGUUCAUUGUGGAAUCAUUUCAGUUACUCUCAGAUUUGGUUCAGAUUCAUCCACCAUGAUUCAGAUUCGGUUCUGAUUCAUACACAGUGAUUCAGAUUCAGUAUAGAUUCAUACACUGUGAUUCAGAUUCAUCCAUAGUGAUUCAGAUUCGGUGUAGAUUCAUACACUGUGAUUCAGAUUCAUCCAUAGUGAUUCAGAUUCUGUGUAGAUUCAUACACUGUGAUUCAGAUUCAUCUACAGUGAUUCAGAUUUGGUGUAGAUUUAUACACUGAGAUUCAGAUUCGGUUCUGAUUCAUCCACAGUGAUUCAGAUUCAAUGUAGAUUCAUACACUGAUUCAGAUUUGGUUCUUAUUUAUACACAGUGAUUGAGAUUCAUCCACAGUGAGUCAGAUUCCGUUCUGAUUCAUAUAGAGAUUCAGAUUCGGUUCUGAUUCAGACACUGUGAUUCAGAUUCGGUUCUGAUUCAGACACUGUGAUUCAGAUUUGGUUCUGGUUCAUACAGAGGUUCAGAUUGCAUUCAGAUUCAUCCACCACGAAUCAGAUUUAGUUCUGAUUCAUCCACAGUGAUUCAGAUUGGUUUAGAUUGAUUGAUGAUUUGUUUUAAGAGUUCAAUGUUUAGAGGAUUUCAGAUGGCAGGUAUUCAGAGUUGGAGAGCGAGUGAAGGUGUGAAGUGUCAGUGAGGUAAAUUUCCCCCAGAAUGAUGAUGCAGUAAGUUUAAAGCUAACGAUGCAGUCGAUGCUAAUGAAGGGCUUUCUGUGGCACUUGAUUGUGAUUCUGAGUCUUAAUCAUUUAUUUGCUUUCUAUUUAAAAUGUUAAGAAUAUAAUAUGACAGGAAAUGGAAUUCUAACGCUGUUGGGUCAGCGGCGUCCGUCACUGUGUACAUACAGAUACUUUAUGAUUAUUAAAGCUUUUAAUGAAACAA